AUGGCUCCUGAGCAACGACGUAGCACGUUCCGCCCAUGCAUUGACCUACAUGAAGGACAAGUAAAGCAAAUCGUCGGGGGCACUCUUUCGGAUCGCAAUGAUGACGGAUUGAAGACGAAUUUUGUCGCAACGCAACCUCCAGAAUAUUUUGCGGGAAAGUAUCGUGACAAUGGUCUGGAGGGAGGACAUGUCAUAAAACUGGGGCCUCGGAAUGACGAGGCAGCCAGGAGAACAUUGGCAGAAUGGCGGGAUCAUCUACAGAUCGGCGGUGGUAUCACCUUUGACAAUGCCAAAGAAUGGCUUGAUGCGGGUGCGAGCAAGAUCAUUAUCACAUCCUACCUCUUUCCCGGCGGCAACUUCGACUUGGAGCGUCUGCAGACAAUCUCAUCUCUUGUUGGAAAGGACAAGCUAGUUGUAGAUGUUAGCUGUCGCCGGCGAGGAGACAAGUGGUUUGUUGCUAUGAAUAAAUGGCAGGAUAUCACUACAAUGGAGGUGAACAAAGAGAAUCUCGAGAUGCUGGCACAGUAUUGCAACGAGUUUCUCAUCCAUGCAGCUGAUGUGGAAGGACUAUGCCAAGGUAUUGACGAGGAGCUCGUUAAAAAGCUUGGCGAAUGGGUGACGAUUCCUACUACAUAUGCUGGAGGAGCUAAAAGCAUUUCUGACUUGGAAACGGUGAAUAGACUUUCGGGAGGACAAGUGGACUUGACAUAUGGCAGCUCACUGGAUAUCUUUGGAGGGGUUGUGAGCUUUGAUGGAUUAGUGAAAGCAAGCAACCAGUAG